UUAAUAACACCACAAACUAUUUAGUUUCUAUUUUAGCAUCGAGACUUCCAACCACUUGUCUUCUUCUUUGGGAUUUGCAGACAUACAUAAAUGGCGGCUCUAACCUCCAACAGUUUCUAUCAUCGUCCUGAGGCCAAGUUCUCCCCCAGCUUGUGGGGUGAUCACUUCAUCCAUCACAUUUCUGACUCCGAGGUGAAGGAAAAAUAUUCCAAGAAAGUUGAAGUAUUAAAAAAUGCUGUUAGAAGUCUGUUAACAGCUCCAGAAGCCAAAAUGAUAGAGACCAUGAAUCUGAUCGACACACUUGAGCGCCUAGGCGUCUCCUAUCACUUUGAAAAUGAGAUCGAACAAAAACUGCAACAAUUUUUCAAUCUCGAUACGAAUUAUGAGGAUGAUGAAGCCUAUGAUUUGUACACUGUUGCUCUCCAUUUUCGAUUAUUCAGGCAGCACGGCCACCCUAUAUCUACCGAAAUAUUUAGUAAAUGGAUGGAUGUAAAGGGGAAAUUCCAAGAGGGCAUUAAGAGCGACCCGAAGGGCAUGCUGAGUUUGUAUGAAGCUUCAUAUCUGAGAACACCCGAAGAAACCAUAUUAGACGACGCGCUUGCUUUUACUACAGCCACUCUCAAAUCCAUGGCGCCAAACCUCGGAUCACCUCUCAAGAAACAAGUUGUCCAUGCCCUCGAGCAGCCCUUGCAUUUGGGAGUUCCUCGAGUUGAAGCGCGCAGUUUCAUCUCUAUCUAUGAAGAGGAGGAGCACAAAAACGAAACCUUAAUCAAGUUCGCCAAAUUAGACUAUAACCUAUUGCAAAUGCUACACAAAGAGGAGCUCCGGCAACUCUCAAGGUGGUGGAAAGAAUUAGGGCUUAUCUCGAAACUUACUUAUGCAAGAGAUAGAGUGGUGGAAUGUUUCUUUUGGGCUCUAGCAGUGUACUAUGAGCCACAAUAUUCCCGUGCUCGUAUCAUGCUCGCCAAAACCAUUGCUAUGGUAUCUGUAAUAGACGACACAUAUGAUGCUCAUGCCACAAUCGAGGAACUCGAUGUUUUCACUGAGGCCAUACAGAGGUGGGAUGGUGGAGAAAUUGGUCGACUCCCUGAGUACAUGAGACCUCUCUACGAAGCUGUUUUGCAACUUUACGAGCAAUUCGAGGAGGAAUUAGCAAAGGAAGGACGAUCCUACGCAGCAUCCUAUUCCAUAGAAGCACUAAAGGAAUUGGCGAGGGCCUACUAUGUGGAGGCGAAGUGGGUCAUAGAGGGAUACAUUCCAAAUUUUAAGGAAUACCUAAAGAAUGGUUUCAUUACCAGCACCUACUGUUAUCUUCUUACCUCUUUUCUUCUAGGAAUAGAAUCUGCUCGGCGCCAAGACUUCCAAUGGAUAAGUAAGAAUCCUAAAAUACUUGUUUCCCAACUCGAAAUAGUUAGACUCGUUGAUGACGCAGCUACUUACGAGGUUGAGAAGGAGAGAGGUCAAGUUGCUACUGGCAUUGACUGCUACAUGAAAGAAAAUGGUGUGACAAAAGAAGAGGCGAUUGCAAAAUUUUGGGAAAUGUCUAGGAAUGCAUGGAAGGAAUGCAACGAGGAGUGUCUAAGGCCGUCUUGUUAUAAAUCUAGGGAUACUCUUACACGCAUCCUCAACUUUGGACGCGUAGUUGAGGUUUCUUACAAGAACAACGAAGAUGGAUAUACUAAUCCCGAAAAGGUUUUGAAGCCCCAUAUUGUUGGGUUGCUGGUCAACCAAUUUGAGGUUUAGUCAUUUACUACAUCAUACCACUGGAUGUAAUUUAACCGCAUAGUUCUAUUUGUUCUUAUGUAUUCUAUUUUAUGGCAAUAAUAGAAAGUAACAACUUUUUCAUUGAAGUUGGUUUACUAUAUUUGAAAUGAGAUAAUCUAUAUGGUUCUAUUGUUCUUA